UAGGCCCUUGCACACAGAACACGAUGGCUGACACCCACCCACUCCCUUCUCAGAUGCAGGUGGUAGAGACCCUUCCACUUCCCAGGGACCUAUCAGGUCCCUUUCCCCACUUGAUCAACGAUGUUGGAUUCCAGUCCCCUCACAGUAUUGAGGUCCCGCCCUUCACCUCCAUCUCCUUCCUCUAUUUCUGGACCCAAGGGUCCAGGCCCCCAAUACCCUCCUUCUUAGGACCCAGGAGUCCCAGAUCCCAGGUCCUCCCUCCCCUAGGCUAGCAGAGUGGGGGCCCUCAGACCCAGGAGUCUGAGUCCCCAGCCCCCUGCUUGCUCUCUCUCUCUCUUUUUUCUUUCAGCCCUCUGCUCUCUUAACACCCAGGAUUCUGGGCCACCAGCCCCCUCCUCCCCAGGAUCCGGAAAGUCCAGGUCCCCACCCCAGCCUUGGCAAUGACCCUGGCAGCUUCCUCCCAGCGCUCCCAAAUCAUUCGCUCCAAGUUCCGAUCUGUCCUCCAGCUUCGGAUCCACAGACGGUAUCAGGACCCAAGCCUGUCAGGGUCCUUCAGUGUCUCUUCAGCCUCGGAUCCAGAUCCGUGGAUCUCAGCCUCAGGCCCAGCUCUGGGCCCCAGAGCCCAGGCUCCAGCCUUGCCUUCGAGCCCCGCCCCUUUCCUCGUCAGUCCUGGGGUCUCGCUCCCUCAGCUGGAAUACAGCCCUUGGAGGUCCCUGAAGGAUUCUCCCAAGAUCUCCCAACACUGGAAGGAGCCUAAGCCCAAGGGGAACUUGACAUACCACCAGUACAUGCCCCCAGAGCCUAGACAAGGGUCUAGGGCAGACCCCCAGGCUGAAGGGUCAGCCCUGGGUCUCCCCGGGCCGUCUCUGUGGGAAGGGACACAGCAGCCACCUCCUAGGAUGAAACCCACACCUCCCGCUCCCUCCCUACUCGGAGUCCCCAGCCCAUCGCCCCCUCCACACAAGUUGGAACUUCAGACCCUUAAACUGGAGGAGCUGACGGUCUCAGAGCUCCGGCAGCAGCUGCGCUUGCGGGGCCUCCCGGUGUCGGGGACCAAGUCGAUGCUCCUGGAGCGCAUGCGCGGCGGCGCCCCGACCCGCGAGCGGUCGAAACCGCGGCGCGAGGACAGUCCAGCGGACGCUCAGUGGCCGCGCCUCAGGCCCAAGGCUCUGGCAGCCGCCCGGAGGCAGGGCUCGGUCAAGCAGAGGCCGGCAUCUCACCCGCCGCCUCCUCCACGCGCCGCGGAAAACCUGGUGACUGCUCCGGCUCGGACUCCAGCUCCAGCUCCAGCGGGGACCCCUUCCUCAGCACCAGCCGCGGCGGCCCUGACUCUGGAGGAGGAGCUUCAGGAAGCGAUCCGCAGAGCACAGUUGCUUCCGAACCGGGGCAUCGAUGACAUCCUGGAGGAUCCUGUGGAGCCUGAUGACCCUCUGCCCCCCAUCCCCUUGGACUUCCCAGGCUCCUUCGACGUGCUGUCCCCCUCCCCGGACUCUGAAGGUCUCUCAUCUGUCUUCUCUUCCUCGCUUCCAUCCCCAGCGAAUUCCCCGUCCCCCUCUCCCAGAGGUCCCACAGAUUCCUUGGACUGGCUGGAGGCUCUGAGUGGGGGUCCCCCGCUGGGGUGUGAUCCCCCAGCUCCCAGCAUCUUCUCUGCUGACUUAUCUGACUCCAGUGGCACCCGGCUGUGGGAUCUGCUGGAGGAUCCAUGGCCCCUGAACUGCUGCUGACGUGCCAAGCGCCUGACUUUUGCCUGCCUGACCUACAUAUGAUCCCCUCCAUGGUUGUGAGGUUGGGGUUGGGGAGGUUUCAUUUGCUGCUGGCCAGGGCAAACAAGCUUCUUGCUGCUUCCUUCAGAGACCUCAUGGGUGUCUUUGGUCCCACCUUCUUCCCCCCAUCCCACUGACUAGAUGGCUGCCUGUUGCUGGAGGUCUGGAAGGUGUCUUAUGCAUUUAGGAUGCAGGGAAGGAGUGGGAAGGAGUGGGGAAGGAGAAUGGGGAACCAGACCCUUGGCUUCUGGUUGGAGAGGAGAAAAUCAGAAGUGUGCAUCUGAGGUCAAAUUCUCUUGGAAGCAGAGCCAGAGGCAAGGUUCAUGUACCUGUGAUCUAUUAAAGAAAUGCUCCUGGAGAAACCAAAAGGGAGUGGAUGGAACGAGACAGUGAAGGGGAAAAUGACCAGCAAGAGUGGGACUUCAGGUGAAGUCCCGACCUCAGCCUGAUCCCAUGGGCAGCUCUGGAGGGUGAAUUAAGUUGCAGAGGCUUUCUCACCUUGAGGGAAAAAAAACCCUGGCCUUUGAGGCCAAGAGAGAUCCCUUUUUGGUUUAUUAUUGCUGAAUAACAAACCAGCCCCAAAACUUAGUCUUAAAAUAAUAAGUAUCACACACACAAAUAAUAACAAGUAUGAUUGCUCGCAAUUCCGUGAGUUGACCGGGCUCAGCGAGGCAGUUCUUGGACACCCUAUGAUGUGAAGUGGGGCUGCAGUCACCUGGGGGCCCAGGUGGGCUGGACCGUCCAAGGUGGGGCCCUCAGAUGUGUCGGGUGCCUUGGCAGGGAUCCCAACUGGGCCGUGGGACAUCCGGAUUUCUUUCCUUCUCUGGUAGCCUCCGUGCUCUCCUUCUCCAUGUGGUCUCUCCAGGGAUGGGGGCUGGAUCCUUACAUGGUAGCUGCUCGGGGCUCCCCAGAGGGAGCAUUUCUAGGAGAGGAAGCAGAACCUGCCAGUCAUGCUUGGAAAUGGCACCGUGGCUCUUCCACCGCGCUGCUGGUUAAUGCGGCAGGCUGGGUGGGGGGGCGCGGUAUGCACACGUGUACGGCCACCAGGGGCAUGGUCGUGGGAGUCAUAUUUGGAGACUUGCCACUGUACCCCUCUAGUCACUCAUGGUCACAAGAAGAGGGCCAGACAUAAAUUCCCAGGCACCUUGAGCUUAAGGGCAGUCUUGAGAAGAUCACAACGUAAGCCAUUAGCAACCAAGUGUUUGAAAAUAUUAUUCAGCUGUAGUGAGCCAACGGAUCAGGAGAUGAUUGCCAUUGGAAAGACAGUUUGUUAGUCUCACAGAUUGCAAAGAAAGGGGUUGUCCUAAGCCAUGCAGGGCCACGUGGGGAAGCACUGGGGCCCGGCAGGAGACAGAGAGGGAGAGAAAAACUGUGGGCAAGAGUCUUCAUUGUGGUUUCCUGAGAAGGAACACACCAGGUAGGGUAAGCAGGCUUACGAUUGUCUAGCCGGGGUGGCCGGGCUGUCACUGGGUGGCCGGAACUGGGCCCUAGGAUAAUUAGACAGAGGAAAAGUGGCCUGGAGUCGAAGAGCUCCAUAAAGGAAGUGGCUGGGUCUGGCUCUGGGUUGGCUGGUUUGCAUAAGAAGAGCGUGCUCCUAGGUGUGUCCUUUAUUAUCAUAAAGGAGUUGGCUAGGUCUGGGAGGGUCUGUCUCUCCAAAGUCAUCAAGGCUGUAGAAGUUUAAGCCCCAGAAAUACAAAAAAUGCAAAGGCAACAGGGGGCUAGAUGCACAGAAUUGGUAAGGGGAAUCGGAGGUGACCUGGGCGGGCCACCAACAGUGUCCACUAUAGGUAGGAAAGAACAGCAGAUCAGUGACAUGCAACAGAACCUAGAGCCAGUGACUUCCUCUUGUUUUGCUGUCAGUUUCCUCAUCUGUACCUACAGCCCAGUGUGGAUGAAUGGGUCUGAGACUUUCCAUGAACUGGACCUGGCAUGUGAGACAUUCCAAUAAAUAUUAAUCGCUAUUA